GCUGCCACUGACUCAAGACCCCCCCCGCAUCGCACGCUUGGGCUCUUGUCCGUUCAUCCGUGCUUAUCGUUUUUGCUUUGCGUUGGAAUCACCGCCACCAUUUCCCAGCCGGCUGCCAAGAAGGCGCACACCGACGCCGCCAUGAAGUCAUUCAUCGACGUUGCCCCGGAAUCUCACUUUCCCAUCCAAAACCUGCCCUAUGGCGUCUUCUCCCGCUCUGGCGAGGAUGCCCGCCACAUUGGUGUGGCCAUCGGUGAUUACGUGCUUGACCUCAGCGCCGUCAAGGACCUGAUUGAUGGCCCCACCAUCUCCCAGCAUCGUGAUGUCUUUGAUGCUGCUGUCCUGAACCCACUGAUGGCUUUGCCCAAGGCUGCUUGGACUGAAACCCGUGCCUCUCUGCAAAAGAUUUUGUCCAGUGAUGAGGCCGUGCUUCGCGACAAUGCCGAGCUUCGUGCCCGUGCCUUGGUGCCGCAGGCGUCGGUUACCAUGCACCUGCCUGCCUCCAUCGGUGACUACACCGAUUUCUACAGCUCCCGUGAGCACGCUACAAACUUGGGCACCAUGUUCCGCGAUGCCUCCAACCCCCUGCUGCCCAACUGGCUGCACAUUCCCGUCGGUUACCAUGGUCGUGCGUCAAGCGUGAUCGUGUCUGGCCAGGACAUCCGUCGUCCUCGUGGUCAAACCCGCCCCAAGGAUGAUGAGCCCCCGGUCUUCGGUCCCUCGCGACUUCUCGAUUUUGAGCUCGAAAUGGCCUUUUUCGUCGGCCAGGGCAACCCUCUGGGCGAACCCAUCCCCAUUGAAAAGGCUCAGGACCACAUUUUUGGCAUGGUUGUGAUGAACGACUGGAGCGCACGUGACAUCCAAAAGUGGGAAUACGUUCCUCUGGGUCCGUUCCUGGGCAAGAACUUUGGCACCUCCAUCUCCCCUUGGGUGGUCACCAUGGACGCCCUGGCCCCCUUUACCGUGCCCAACCCCGUCCAGGACCCUGUGCCGCUGCCGUACCUGCGCCACGAGGACCCAUAUUCCUUUGACAUCAAUCUCAGCGUGGCCAUCGCUCCUGAAGGCAAGGAAGGCAAGGUCGUCACCAACUCCAACCUGAAGCACAUGUAUUGGACCAUGAAGCAGCAACUUGCCCACCACACGAUCAACGGGUGCAAUGCUCAACCCGGUGAUCUUCUGGGCUCUGGCACCAUCAGCGGCAAGACACCCGAUUCAUACGGCUCCAUGAUUGAGCUGUCCUGGCGUGGCACCAAGGAGAUCGACCUGGGUGAGGGCGAAGUGCGCAAGUUUCUCAAGGAUAACGACACUGUCAUCAUGUCGGGCUUCUGCCAAGGCGAGGGCUUCCGCGUGGGCUUUGGCGAGUGCCGUAGCAAGCUUCUCCCAGCGCUGGAGUAGGUGCGAGAGGCACUGCUUCAGAGAAGGCGCUGCUUUUGUUUGAAUUGAUUUGCAAGCAAG